CAUUAUCUACAACAUCCCACAACUUCCUCAUUUUAAAGACACUUCCCCCCAGCCUUCGCCGUCUCUAUCUGAUUCUCUCCUUCUUAUCUCUCAUACAAGCAGCAGAACACAAAAAGAGAUCAUAAGUCAGUUCAGUGAAAGGCAACAUGGUACAAUCAAAGAAGUUCAGAGGUGUCAGGCAGCGCCACUGGGGCUCUUGGGUUUCUGAGAUUCGUCACCCUUUACUGAAAAGAAGGGUCUGGCUUGGGACAUUUGAAACUGCCGAAGAGGCGGCACGAGCCUAUGACGAGGCAGCCAUUCUGAUGAGCGGACGUAACGCCAAGACGAACUUCCCGGUAGCCAAGAACCAACCAGGCAACGGAAACCCCGCGGCUUCUAGCAGCAGCACUGGUGCUACCGGUGCGCUUUCUUCAAACCUCAGUGAAAAGCUUCGCAAAUGUUGCAAAACCCCAUCUCCUUCUCUAACCUGCCUCAGGCUUGACACCGAGAAUUCUCACAUUGGAGUCUGGCAGAAGAGAGCAGGGGCUCGACCCGAUUCAAGUUGGGUCAUGACAGUCGAGCUUGAAAAGAAAAAUGUCGGGGAAGUCGCAGAGAUCAAUAAGAAAAGGCCGGUUCCAGAGGAACCAGGUGAAAUGAUGGGACAGGAAGUUGGUGAUGGGUUAGAUGAGGAACAGAAAGCAGCAUUGCAGAUGAUAGAAGAACUUCUGAAUAGGAAUUGACCUGCUAGGUAGCGACAUGAUCAGAUUCGCAUGAUCUUCCAUGCUCGUGUUGUUCAAGUCCUUGUCACGUCCCUUGUGCUUUACUAUUUAGCUUUCCAGUCAUUACAAAAAGUUAGUGAUUGUGUAAAUGUAGGGUAGGGAGAAAUUAUUCAAUAAUAUAUAUUCCUACCAGUUAGCUAUAGAUAUUUUUUGUUGUUUUAUUGAGAAAUUAUUAUCAAGUAAUUCGACUCAUCAAG